AUGUCAGGAACUUCCAGUAGAAAUUUUUUGCAUUUAAAAUAAUUAGUCAAAUCACAAAAGUUCCAAAAAUUCGAUUUUGGAAAUAAAGAAAAAAAUAUAGAAAUUUAUGGAAAUGAAACACCUUAAGAAUAUCAAAUUUAAAAUAUUGAAGAGAAUGUACAUUUAUUCUAUGGAGAAUAUGAUAUGCUAACUGUUUAACCUGAUAUUAAUUGGUUAUAUGAAAAACUUAAAGAAAGGAAAGGUAGAAAAGUUACUUGGAAUUUUUUAAAAAAUAAAGGACAUGCAAGCUUUGUUUUUGAUGUAGAUUGUGAAUUUAUGGAUUAGAUUUAUUAAAUUUUAAAUGAAUGA